GAGAAAACAAACUCCAAACAUUAGGUAACUUGCUUUAAAUCAGUCAGCAAAGAAGUGACCCACCCGGGAGCCACACCCACGUGUGUCUGACUCCAUAGCCUGUGCUCUUCAGCUCUGCCCUGGAAAGAUACAUCUGCUUGUGUCCCAUCUGAUACCAGCAGCCUGCGAUGACAGCAAGUGUUUUUGGUCUUAUUCUGGCAUCUUCCCCCAACUCCCUUCUCCUUUUCUGCCAUCAGAAAUUGGCAGAGCGUAGAUGCUCCCUAGGCUAACCUCUUGCUUACUGCAGAACUCUUCCCAGGCGUGUCUAACAGAUUACCAUCCAGCCUGUAUUUGAACAUCUCUAAAAGGAAGCUUGCCAUGUUAGGUAGGUGACUGACUGCCCAAUUUGUUGAUAAACAACCAAAAUUAAGAGAAAAUGUGUAAGUGCGUGUGUUGUUGUUUUAGCCUCUUACCACAAACACGAUUUUAAAAUCUUUAAGUAAUUCAAGUGCAGGACUUCAAAAAUUCAAUCCAAUUGGUAAAGAAGGAGAAGGGUAUCUAUAAUGAAGUAGAUCUUCCCAUUUCAGAGCCCCAGUCCUACAUUCUACUUUCCAGAGACAACUGCCCUGAACAGGUUUUGACCUAUUCUACCGGAGAUUACCAGAGAUAGAGCCUAUGGUGUGUGUGUGUGUGUGCGCACGCGUGCAUGUGCGUGCGCGCGCCAACCUCUGUUUUUAUUCAUACUAAUGGGUAUGGGAGCACACUAUUUGUGCUAUUCUAUACCUUGCUGCUUUUAUUUAAUAAUAUAUCGGUGAUCAUGCCAUAUUAGCAAUUGCUAACAUUUAUAGAGUGUCUUCCAUGUACCAGGUACUAUCCUGAGCUCUUUACAGAUUCUGUUAAUCCUCAGGAACCAUAAGGUACAGUUAUUAUUCCCAGUGUACACAGGUUAAGCAAAUUGCCCAAAUUGAUACAGCUAUUAUGAUGGUGAGUCCAGGCAUUCUGGUUCCAGAGUCCAUAUUUUUAAUUACUGUGUUGUAACACCUUUCAUUGCCCAAAAUUGUGUCAUCCGGCCAGCCCUUGCUUUACAGAAAGUUAAGAAAGUGAGUACUUGGCUUUGCUAGGCAGGCAAGUAAAAGGAAUAUUGGGAAUGGAUAUUGGGUGAGUCAACAUGUCUGCCAUGGCAGGAAGCCUAGUGUCUCCUCUGAGAAGACUAUCUCCUUGCAAUGCGCCCUGUUGGUCUUGCAGCCACAGUUGUGGCCUGACUGGUUAAAUGGGAGCAGGUUACUUGGGAGAAUUGUCCUGCUUGCAGUCAUUAAAUGAUGUCUUAAAAUUCUGUACAAGAUGGUUGACACUCUAUAGAGGAAUAUGCAAAGUAGAUUAGACAAAAAUCCAAUUAGAACACUUUGUUUCAAGUGACAGAAAUCCAACUUGAACCAAUUUAAGCAAAAAAAAAGGUUUUGUUUUUUGUUUUUGCUUAUGUAACAAAUCAUGGAAAGGACUAGUUUGAGAUGCAGUGUAAUGGGCCAGUUCCUUAAUCUCUCUGCUCUGGUGUCCUAAUCUGAGCAAUGGGAAUAACAGUUAACGCUAACCUCAUAGAGUUGGUGUGGAUUAGAUAAGUUACUCUAUGUAAACAUUAAGGACAGUUCUUGUCACUUAGAAAGCGUUCCAUAAGUAAUAGCUAUUAUUUUAGGGACAGCUCUACCCAGGGAUUUAAACCCCAUCAGGGCAGUUUGUUUUUUAUGUCUUCACCUGCACAUUAGUAAAGGUACUGACUAAGAUGCGGUAACAAAGAGAUCACCAAAAUACAGUGGCUGAGACACCACAGAAGUGUAUUUCUGUCUUACCCAACAGUGCAGAGGUAGGCAGGUGUUCCAGGCAGGUAGGUGGCUGGGCUCCACAGUGUCAUCCAGGCACCUAGGUUCUUACUGUCUUGUCACAUGGCCACACUUAGCAAUAAGACAAGCUGUGCAUUUAGUCUCUACCUGAGCAGCCAUGUGCCCAGCCAAAACUCUGAAGAAGGAGCUUCUAGUAUUAAAAAAGAGAAGGGAGAAUGGACAUUGGGAGAGCAGUAAGCAGGCUCCCUUUCCUCUUCCUGCAAAUGAACUUUCUCCAUGCUUUGGGGAACAUGGCAGCUGACAGCUACAGACUUAUAUCCUCCUAACUUGGUGAUCCUGAAAGAAAGCUUUCUUCCCUUCCAGUUAUAAUUUGGAAAAUCUCAAAGAAAGGUUCUCCGUGGCUUGUCACGAGUCACAUGCCAUCUUGGCUCAAUCACAGUGGUCAUGGGUAGUCAGUCCUAUGAUUAAUGCAACCUGGGUCACAGCCUUCCCUCCAUCCCCCCAUGGUGGGAAAAGAGCGUCUGUUACCAGAAACAAGGAGCUGGAAAGACAAAAACAAUAGCUACUCUAAACAGCGAGCGAGUCUAUCAUUAUGUGCAGGUAUUGUUUAAAGGUGUAUUGACGAUAAUGAGUGUGUGUACCCUAGGAAGUCCAGCUGGACUCUGUCUCCAUGGUGGCUCUUACCCCUGGGACAACUUGUCACCAGAGCAAUUACUUUUAUAACCCUGGGGUAAGUCUCUUGUCCCUAGAAUGCUCCCAGAAGAAUGGGCAAAUGGGAGAUACCUUGGUUGAGACUCUUUCCAGUUGGCUUAGGGCAAGAAGGAAUUUAUUGGCUCAUGCAACUGAAAAGGCCAGGGUUAGAUCCAGCUUCAGGCUGGAUCCUAGGACUCAGAGCAGUGUCGUGAGGGAUCUGUCUCUUCAGCUCUUGGCUCUGCCUUCCUUUGAGUUGGCGUCUUUCUCAGGUUUUAUGACGUAACCUCUCAGUUCCAGUUAUUGGUGGAAAGAGCUCCCCUUCCCUGAGAAAACCCCUGGGCCUGGCUCUCAUUGGCCCAAACCAGGCAAUGUAUCCAAGCCUCAGAUGACUGUGGACAGGACAAUGGAAUACACCAAUUAGCUAGGUCUGACACGCAUACCCACAUGGACUGAGAGUUGGUGGCUAGGGGGACAGAGGAGUGAUGUUACCAAAAGAAGGGACGAAUGGAUGCUGGGCAGGAAAAAUCAUUAAGUGUCCAAUACAGGCCCCUUUCCUUUCCCCUGAUGUCUUCACUUUGCUCUGUCUCCUUGCUCACCCUUACCCCUUGCCCAAUCUCAUUACUGUUACUCUCUGAUUUUUUUUUUCCUCCUGUUGAGGGUGCCUGGGCCUGGAUUAGGUGUCAGAGGGAAGAUGUUUGGCCAAAAUGAGUUGUUCAAUAAAGAGCCAUUUGGAGGAUGCUCUUCUGUCUGGAACGGCUUCCUUGUGAACCCCAUAGGACUUGAUAGAGGGCCCUUGUCCAGAUCUGGGUAGAAUUCUGGUUAUGUGCCUGUGUUCAUGUGUCAGCCCACAUUGGCUGUGAGCUCCUGAGGAGUCAGAUGUGAGCCUGUGGGAAUCCAGUGCACACUUAAUGAAGUCACUGUCUGGAUGUGAGCUCUCCCACUCAGGCCCAGAUAAGCCUCACUGUGCAGGACUUCCGAUGCAGGGAAUAAGGUUGAAUGAUUGACUUGUGACCCUCCUGUUGACCGAUUUUGUUCCUCUUGGCUGCACGGGCUGCUCUUGUGGUUGCUUGAGGUCUGAGGUGGUUCUGAAUUAGUUAGCUGGGGCUGAGACAGUUUACUCAGAGCCUGAGGCCAAAGUUCUUAGUGUCUCUGAUCCAUCUGGGGGAUGGCAGACUUGAAAUGAAUCAGACAAACAUUGCUCCUAUAAAACACACACUUGGAAGUUUCUCUGCUACCAAGUAGGGGUCUUGGCCAGGAAGGCCUUUCUUGGCGUCCUGAUCUGGUUGAAGAGAGCCCAGGUGUUCCUAGCCAUGUCCUGACAAGCCCUCAGCCAUUCUCCAGGGCAGAUUGGCAUCAAACAAACCUGGGUGGUUGCUAUGGGUGGUGAGAUCCAGCUGGCCAAUCUUUUAGGGAUGGAGACUCUAUUCUGUGGCACUGCAAAGACCCUGAAAUGGCAGUGGCAGUGCUGGGACCAUGUGUCCAGAAGCCUGUUUAUUUCAGAACUGGUAUCAGCAAAGUGUCCUGCCAGUUUGGAUCACUUCCCAUAAAUCCAUGGUUACUGAAGCGCUUCUGGAGCCUUCAGUGACAGGGUUGUGCCUUUGUAGAUCUUAUAAUUGCGGUUCUUUGGGGGUAGGAAGGUGGGGCCCAGUCCACAUGCUACACAGAGAGAGAAGGUACCAUUCACUCAUUUAUUCAUUUAACAAGUAAUUAUUGAGCCACUGUUGGAUACCAGGCACUGGCCUGGGUUCUAGAGAUACAGUGGAAAAUAAAAGCCAGCUUUUGCCCAUAGGGAUCUUGCAGUUGAGUGGGGAGAAAGCCAAGGAAACAGAACAUAGAGUUCUCUGACGGAGGCCUGAGGCGCCCGUCUUGAAAGUCACCAUAGUGAUGAGGAGUGUGGGCUCUGAUCUCAGGCAGAUCAAGUCCCAGCCCUGCAAUUUACUAGUCUUGUGACUUUGGGCAAGUUAGCUCACCUCAUGAAACCUCAGAUUUCUUAUCCAUAAAAUGGGGAAGGGACUGUUAGUGUGAUUUAAAUGUAUUCACACGUGUAAAGUAUGAGUAUAGUGUCUGGUUCAGGGUUACCACUCAAUAAAUGGUAGUUAAAUUACUAUUAAUAUUGGGAAAUGAUAUACCUAGAAGGAAACCCCUUAUAUUCUCCAUUCUUAUAUAUUUUUAAUUUUUUUUCUUAAUUUCAAUUUUGGUGAAAAUAUACACAGCAGAACAUACACCCAUUCAUCAGUUUCUACAUAUUCAAUUUAAAAACAUUGGUUAUGUUCUUCACAUUGUGUCACCAUUCUUGGUGUCUCUACCCAUGUUGUUUCACCAACGUUGAGUUAGACUCACUACCCACUAAAGUUCUCAUCUAUGCUUUAGAGUUACUACUGGCAGUUUGAUCUCAUGUAGAAAGUUCUUUAAAAAAGCACAGUGUUCAUGGUGAACAUGCCUUACUCACUUAGCUAAACAGUUGUUUAGUUUAAAGAUGACUUCAGAGGAUAAUUUUGGUUCACGGUUUGAAAAUUUUCUCAGAGUGAUAGAUUCAGGGUUUCCUCCAGUCUCAGUAAGCCCAGUAAGUCUGGAUUCUGUAAGAAUAUACAAUUCUGUUCGACAUUCCCCCCCCGUGAUGGUUAAUAUUGUGUGUCAGCAUGGCUAGGCCAUGAUUCUCAGUGUUUAUAUGUGAUCGCUCCCAUGAUGGAAUCUACUGUGAGUGGCCAAUCAGUUGAAAGGGAGUUUCUGUGGGGAUGUGGCCUUCAUCCGAAUAUAAGGAGAUGUUCUGGCUUUUUGCUCAUUCUGGAUUCUCCAGCCGCAUUCUGUUUGUCUGACCUUUUACUCUUGGGACUUGAGCUAUCAGCUUAUCUGCAGAUCUUGGGAUUCGUAAUCUUCACAGCCUGAGAGCAGGAGUCCCGCUCUUCAGCCUGCCUAUCUUGGGUUCACCAGCCCCAGCGGCUACGUUAAUUGAGAAAAGCCUCUAUUCUGAUCCACAGACUGGGGACAUUCCAGCCUCUACAGUCUCGUGAGCCUUUUCCUUGAUAUGAAUCUCUCUAUAUAAAAAAAAAAAUUUUUUUUUUUUUUAUAUAUUUAUACACUUUACUGGUUUUGCUUCUCUAGAAGACCCAGCCUAAGACACCCCACUUUUGAUCAGGAUUCAUCUCUUGAUUCCUUGAUCAAAACGUUCAGUAACGGUAGCUGGCACCAUCCAGUUCUUUUGGUCUCAUGGCUGAGGAGGCAGUAGUUCAUGGAGGCAGUUAGACCUGCAAUCAUGUUCCUGUCCCGAUUCCUCAGUCUCCUUCUUCCUCUGCUGCUCCAUUUUUUAAAAAUUUUUAAAGUAAAAUUAAGAACAUCUUGCCCUUUAUAAUUGGUCCGGUACAAAGAAGAGUUGGUGGAAAAGAACUCAUUCUUCCUUGUUUUGCAUCUAUAGGGUGCUAGGCACUUAGUACAAAAUAUUUAAUCCUUCCAACUGUCAAAACAGUAGGGAUUUUUGCAACCCAUUUUACAGAGGAGGAACCUGACAUUCAGAGAAUUUAAGUAAAUUUGCCCAACAUCACACAGCUAAUAAAUGGCUGAGUUGAAAUCAAAACCAAGUCUUAUCUGGCCUCGAAGUCCAUGUUCCAUGCAGCUUCUCCAAUACCCUGGGCCUCCAAAGCAGUUGGCUCUGAGGACUACACUUACUGCCUUGUUGGUUAACCCUUUGCUUUCCUUAGGUUUUUGCUGGUGGGUUGUUCCCCUCUGACCUGGAUCCUGAAGUGAGAAGAGUUGGCACAGGGCAUCUUGCUUCCUUGAGGAGAGCAAAUGAGCUGGUUCUGGAUCUCCCAGUUCACUGGGCAUUAGGAACAUAGGGCAUGGAGAGGAACAUCUUUCAAGAAAAGAGACACAGGAAUGGAAUCCAUGUCCUUUCUGGCUCUCAGACCUUGGGCCUGUGGAUUUUCUUGGUCCUACCAACUUGACUUUUUUCAGCUAUAGUCUCCUCAACCUUUCGUGUCUCUUGAGUGUGCUUUUUGUUUUCCCAUGGGAGCAGCAAGAGCCUGAGGAAGCAGUAGGGACAGGAGAGGGGGAGAAUAAGGAAAUAUGAGAGGCCUAGGAACUGCACUGGUGGUACCAUGGGUACAGGGCUUAUUUUAAUUUGCACCUAAAGGCAUAACUGAGAUCAGUACUGCAGGCUGGUCUCACCCUGAGGCCUGGGGUCCCACUGAUAAUAAUUUUGCUGUAAGGAAACCUUAGCCAAGGGCCAAGGGGGUAGACUGUGCAGAAAAGAGUUAACACAGCAAGACCUGAGAGUGCUAGCCUCAGAAAGCCCUGUUUGCAAAGCUGGCCCCUGACUGGCAUCUAGGACCUUGAAUUUUGGGAGGGCUGUCACCAUUCCCUAAGUGAUAAGGAUGAGUCACUGUAUCUAAACUGUUGGGGCAAACAACAUGUUUUAUGCUGAACACCUGCUUUCUUUCUGGGAGUCUGAAGUUUUGGUAUGUACUAGGCAAAGAGUGUCCAUGUGACCAACCCCCAGUAAAAACUCCAGACACUGAGGCUCUAAUGAGCUUCCCUGGUAGACAACAUUUCACACGUAUCGUCACAACUUAUUGCUGAAGAGCUAAAUGCAUACUGUGCAACUCCACCUGGUUCCCUCCGGGCUUUGUCCCAUGCCCCUUUUCCCUUUGCUGAGUUCGCUUCAUAUCCUUUUGCUGUAAUAAAUCAUAGCCAUGAAUACAAGUAUAUGCCGAGUCCUGUGAGUCUCCUAGCAAAUCAUUGACUGGGAGUGGCUUUGGGGACCCCCAACACAGGGCCCCAGGGGGGCUUCAGGGGUGUUGGUAAUGUUCUCUUUCUCCGUCCGGUUGCCAGUUACACGGGGUGUGUUCAGUUUGUGGAACCUCAUCGAGCUGUAAGUUGUGAUACGUGCACUUCCUCUAUGAAUAUAUUAAACUUCAAUAAAAAGUUAAAAAAGGUGGUUACGCAGGAUUAAAAAAGAAAACCUUUUUUUUUUUUUUAACUUUUUAUUCUGCUCAUUACCCCUUUCACCCCAAGCAUUGUGUUGGGAGCAAGACAUGGAGUAGAAAAGACAGCAUCAUUGUCAUUGUCGCCUGGUUUAAUUGGGAGGCAGGUAAAGAUGUGCUUACAAGAUGGUUGAUUCUUGCAGACUUUAUCAAGGACAUAAGAGGGUGCUAAGGGGCUACAGAAAAGGGGCUUCUAACUUGGGUAUAUGGCCAUUCCGGGGUUGCCACCCACAUACCUACAGAAGCCAGACAGGCAAAUGGGCAAAGGCGGAGAGGUGGGAACUGGCAAACUGGGAAGACAUGCAGGCCUACUGUUGCUUAACUUCUGGGUUUUUUCGGGAAAAGCCACAAAUGUGAUUUUUUUUAAUUUGAGCUCUCGAUUUUUAAAUCCUGUAAAUGAAUUCAAUUUUUAAAAAGUGGGGAGGCCAAACGAAAUACCCCUGCUGGCCAAAUCUGGCCAUGGCCUGUUGGGUUGCUAGGCAUUCAUCCCAUCAGCCAUUCCUCCCUGUGACCAACAAAUUGAGCGUACACUUUUUUUUAGGCAUUGGGAUAGCAGGGAGCAAGCCAAACAGCUCUCUUGCAUAGCGGGUACUGGGCUUCUCAAACUUCAGUGUGUGUAGGAAUCACCUGGGCAAUCUUGUUGAAAGGUGGCUUCUGACUCAGGAGGUCUGGGGUGAGGCCUUUCUACCAAUGCCCAGGUGAUGGUGAUGCUGGGUCCCUGGACCAGACUUUGAGUAGCGUUGCUCUGUAAUGCAGAGGGGCUCAGGAGCAGCUAUUUAUUUGGAGGGGGCCUAAGGGACUUGCUGUGAAGGUACAUUUGCCUGACAAGCAUUCUGUUUUUACGUAGUUUAUUUGGGGUGGCUUGGUAGAGAGCUGAUGACCACGGAGGCGGGUGCUAAGCUUGUCCCGAGCUACCCCUUGGCUCUGCCAGGUCUCUACUCUUAUAGCGCUUACGUUGUGGUAGGCGGGGUGGGAAUGGAGGACGGGGCAGGGGGAGGGGUGGUAAAGGAAAGUGUUAGGAAAAGCCUGGACGACGUGCAUGUGAAUUGCAGGAGCUCCCCCAGCUGCCCCCGAACGGGAGACACCCUGAACUCCCCUCCGCAGGUACUGGGUCCCGGCAUUCCCAAGCCGAGUUUCCGAGGCAUCCCACGUGUGUGCUGUCCGCGCGUCCCUCCCAAUCAAGUUUCCUUCCCUGCUGAGCGAAGGUUUAAAGGCGGUGGCUUUGCAGAGCGCUCCCAUGGUGCCGCGCGGUGGGCGGGUUUGGAUUUUAAAUCCCCGCGGCCAAUCAGUGGCGCGCAGGGUUUUGUAACGUUCCCGGCGCCGCGUUUGAAUUCGAGGGGAGCGGAGCGGAGCGGAGCGGUGCGGAGCGUCUACCCAGACCCUGGUAAGCCCGCUGAGCAACUUCGAGAGCAUGAGUACGGUGGUGACGGCAGGGAAGCUGGCACGGGCACCGGCAGAGACCGGGAAGACCGGGGCCCCGGGAAUUGCGGUUCCCGGGGCUACGGCGUCCGCCCCGCCGGCGAAAGAGAUCCCGGAGGUCCUAGUGGAUCCGCGCAGCCGGCGGCGCUAUCUGCGCGGUCGCUUCCUGGGCAAGGGAGGCUUUGCCAAGUGCUUCGAGAUCUCGGACGCAGACACCAAGGAGGUGUUCGCCGGCAAGAUCGUGCCUAAGUCGCUGUUGCUCAAGCCGCACCAGAAGGAGAAGAUGUCCAUGGAAAUAUCUAUUCACCGCAGCCUCGCCCACCAGCACGUCGUCGGCUUCCACGGCUUUUUCGAGGACAACGACUUUGUGUUCGUGGUGCUGGAGCUCUGCCGCCGGAGGUCCCUUCUGGAGCUGCACAAACGGAGGAAAGCGCUGACAGAGCCUGAGGCCCGCUACUACCUGCGGCAGAUAGUCCUUGGCUGCCAGUACUUGCACCGAAACCGUGUCAUUCACCGGGACCUCAAGCUGGGCAACCUCUUUCUGAAUGAAGACCUGGAGGUGAAAAUAGGGGAUUUUGGACUGGCCACCAAAGUUGAGUAUGACGGGGAGCGGAAGAAGACCCUGUGUGGGACUCCUAAUUACAUUGCUCCUGAGGUGCUGAGCAAGAAAGGGCACAGUUUCGAGGUGGAUGUGUGGUCUAUUGGGUGCAUCAUGUAUACCUUAUUAGUGGGCAAGCCACCGUUUGAGACUUCCUGCCUAAAAGAGACUUACCUCCGGAUCAAGAAGAAUGAAUACAGUAUACCCAAGCACAUCAACCACCUGGCUGCCUCCCUCAUCCAGAAAAUGCUUCAGACGGAUCCCACUGCCCGCCCAACCAUUAGCGAGCUGCUCAACGAUGAGUUCUUUACUUCUGGUUACAUCCCUGCCCGUCUCCCCAUCACCUGCCUCACCAUUCCACCUAGGUUUUCAAUUGCUCCCAGCAGCCUGGACCCCAGCAACCGGAAGCCUCUCACAGUCCUCAAUAAAGGUGUGGAAAACCCCGUGCCUGAGCGUCCUCGGGAAAAAGAGGAGCCAGUGGUUCAGGAGACAGGUGAGGCAGUCGACUGCCACCUUGGUGACAUGCUGCAGCAGCUACACAGCGUCAAUGCUGCAAAGCCCUCAGAGCGGGGGCUGGUGAGGCAAGAGGAGGCUGAGGAUCCCGCCUGCAUUCCCAUCUUCUGGAUCAGCAAAUGGGUGGACUAUUCAGACAAGUAUGGCCUUGGGUAUCAGCUGUGUGACAAUAGCGUGGGGGUGCUCUUCAAUGACUCAACCCGCCUUAUCCUCUACAAUGACGGUGAGAGCCUGCAGUACAUUGAGCGCGACGGCACAGAGUCCUACCUCACCGUCAGCUCCCAUCCCAACUCCUUGAUGAAGAAGAUCACACUCCUGAAGUAUUUCCGAAAUUACAUGAGUGAACACUUGCUGAAGGCUGGUGCCAAUAUCACACCACGGGAAGGUGAUGAGCUAGCCCGGCUACCAUACCUGCGUACCUGGUUCCGCACCCGUAGCGCCAUCAUCCUACACCUCAGCAAUGGCUGUGUGCAGAUCAACUUCUUCCAGGACCACACCAAACUCAUCCUGUGCCCCCUAAUGGCGGCCGUGACCUACAUCAACGAGAAGCGGGACUUCCGCACAUACCGCCUGAGCCUUCUUGAGGAGCAUGGCUGCUCCAAGGAGCUGGCCAGCCGGCUCCGCUAUGCACGCACCAUGGUGGACAAGCUGCUGAGCUCACGCUCCGCCUCCAACCGCCUCAAGGCCUCCUCAUAGGCCUCCCUCCCUUUGGACUGCUGCCCGUCUUCACUCCCACCAGCACCUGGGGCCUAUGCUGGUUAGCCCGUGGUGGUGUUUCUCUUCAAGUGCCUCCCAGCCCUGGGGGCGGGGAAAGAGCUAACACCAUCCUCCAGGUGGGGGUUGCUGUGUAAGUUAUUUUUUUACAUGUUCAGGUGUGGGUCCUGUAGCCCCUUCCCCUUCCCUCUCAACCCCACCAUAUGAAUUGUACAGAUUAUUUCUAUUGAAUUUUGGACUAUCCUAUGCUUGGCUUUAUACACAUUAAACAUAUGUGAAUCUUC